AUGUUCUCCGCCUUACUCUCUCCCAUUCAUCGCCUCCCUGUCGAGCUCAUCAGUCGCAUAUUUGUCGAGGGCGUCAGACUCGACUAUCCUUAUGCCCAGUCGCCAUUUCUUUUCAAACCCAACCAGCCAAUGUAUCGUGAAGAUGAUCCUAGCAUUCGGUCGCCCGACUUUCAACUUCUGGUCUCCCAUAUCUGCAGGCACUGGCGAGGCAUCGCUUUGAAUACAGCUUGUCUCUGGACUACGAUUCAUUUCAGUAGUCCGAAGCACCUUUCGCGGGCAAGAGAGUAUAUCCGUCGCUGUCUACCCCCGACGGAUGCAAAAGACCGUCACAAACGAUCGCCUAUACAACUUCUCGAUGUCAUGGUCGACACAGUCUCCCCGGGAGAAUGCAGGGAAGGCAGGGACCUAUGUAAGGAUCAUUUUGAUGAUGUCUUCGGGAUAAUUAUCCCCCAUGUCGAGCUGUGGCGUUCAUUCCAUCUGAAGGUGCGAGACGACGCGUGUAAAGCACUUGCUCGCAAGCAUCUCAGCAAUGCAACUGGAGGGUCACAUCUGGAAACUCUGCAACUUUAUCACUUCGAAGCCUUUAGUAACGCGCAAGAUCUCUUUAUUGCGACUUAUCGACCCCCCGUGAUCGUAUUCCACAAUAAAUUACCCAAACUCCGUAACGUCUCGCUGAUCGGGGUCAACCUCAACUGGUCAGAUUCCAACUUUCUACACAGUUUGGACCACUUGCAGCUAGCUCUACACGCUGACAAGAUUCGGCCUCCUUUUACCCCCUUUGCCGCGAUGUUGCGGGACAGCCCCCAGUUGAAGACCCUCUCGCUUCAUUAUUCUGGCCCCAAGAACAGCGACGGUGACCCCGAUCACAACUGGUCUCCAGCCAUCGAUACCAUUCCUCUGCCCAAUUUAACUGAACUCACAUUGGUUGACCUUGAUCCGGGAUAUCUCUGCGCCAUCAUCGAACACCUUAUCGCUCCCUCCUUGUCUGAGCUCACUUUAGAGCUACCACAGCCUGAUGACGAGUACCCCGAAAGGGACUAUACUUCCUUCAUUGAUCUGAUAGUAAAGGGCAGGGAAAUCCAACUCAGCCCAAUUUCUUCUCAGAAUUCUUCCCCAUCCUCUCUCGUUGUCGAUGGAACCCCUCCGGCAACGACGGCCUCACCACAUCCGCCGCAGAUUCUGCCGACGCCACCUGCAACAAACCUUCCUUCCAGCCUUCCUCCUUCCCAUAGCCCAUCGGCUUCGCACGUCUCGUCCGAUCAACGUGCACCUGUCAUCUCUAACCCCAACCCACCAUCCCCGGUUCGCAUAAUCCACCUUCGACCAAUACCGAACCUGUCCAAUCUUAAACGUCUCGCUAUACUUGCGUUGGAUUGCGACUUGGAAUCGUGGCGUUCAAUGUUACGGGCUCUACCCGGAUUGCAGACGCUGGAGGUGGAUUUUGAGCGUCUGUCUCCCUCGCCCGACAGAGAAGCUCAAGACUCCGCAGGCGCUAACAUCGGGAUCGAGCCCUCUGAACGCCUGAAGCAUAGUCAUGCCUUAUUUAAGGUUCUCCUGGAGGGAGAGGACAAUCGAGUUAUAGGGAUAGACAAAGCGAAAGGAGCAGAUCUUCAAAGAACCGCCAUAUCACCAUGCUCCUCUCUAUCUUCCUCUGCGCCUAAUAGUCGUACACACACUCCCGCCGCACGACUUCGCACUCCUCUGUUGCCGGCCUUGCGUGAGUUGAAGCUAUCAGGAAUUAGUGCUUCGUUACUGCGAGAAUUCGUGGUGUAUCGUGAAGGCGGAUGGCUGCGCCAAACGACCCCUAGUGUGGUGUUUCACGACGCGUCCCCAAGGAAGGUUCCGAACAAUUCGUCCCCGUCAAGUCAGUAUCAUCACCACGAUAUACGGAAGUACGCGUUGAAACGUUACGUGGUGCGCCGGAGCCCUGGGCGAGCGGAUGAAGAACUAGAUAGGCUUAUAGAUGCUGGAUGUUGGGUUCCCGCUACGGAGUUACCCUGCCUACGGCGUUCGCUUUACUCAGACGACGAACUUGGCGAAAGACAAAAUGGGGAUGGUUGGUUGGUAAGGCUAGAGGAAGAAGAGAUGCCGGAAGAAGACUUGGAAAGUGAUGACGAAGAUGAAGACACGUACGAAGAACAACAAGGGGAACAGGCCGCCGUUCGUGGUGCGGCUACGGGGGGAGACGGCCUGGCAGAACCUGAUGAACCUGACGAAUACGGGGAAGAUCAUCAAUCCUAUGACGAUAGUGAGGAAGAGUCUGAUUAUGCCGAUGAUUAG